AUGCGAACUCGAUCGAGUCGGUCUACAGAAGACUUGGUCGAGCUAGACUUCACAGUUCAGUACGCCUGGGUGCUUGUUGAGACAAGAGGGUACAGAGGACUGGUCGAGCUAGACUUUACAACGGGUAAAAAGAGGGUUCAGAGGUCACAGAGGGUACAAGAGGAACCUGAGGUGCUUGUUGCCGAUACAAUGGACGUCCCAGAGGGGAAUGAGACAUUCAAGCUUAGGAGCGAGAUAUCCAGCUUCAUCCAGCGAAACAAUGAGACAUUCGCAGAGGCUUGGGAGAGGUUCAAAGGCUACACAAGUCAGUGCCCACACCAUGGAUUCAACAAUGAAUCACUACUCUCCACUCUUUAUAGAGGAUGCUUGCCUAGGUAUAGGGAGAUGCUAGACACAGCUAGCAAUGGGAACUUCCUCAACCAGGAUGUAGAUGAUGGCUGGCAACUUGUGGAGAACAUAGCUAAACUCCAAUGGAAGCUAUGGAGAAGAGUAUGA